UCCUAAGUGGGUAGGAUACUGUGUAGUGGGAACGUUGGCAUGGUUACAGUUGUAUUCCCCUUUGGCACCAUCAGAUCAGAAAUAAAUGGGUCAUGAGACGUAGUCUACGCAGUCUUACUAGUCGAAAAAGCUACAUCUGAAAAACGUUGAAUUUCCCUUGUCGAGUGCUGAAGCCACCUCGCACUCCACUGACGCUGACUCAGCUGUUCCAGAGCGCUGCGCAAACCAGCUUGCAGUCACACCAGACAGCAGAGUGAAAGUGCACACCGUCCCUCGUUGUCGGAGCGUGUGUUGGUCAGAAUAGUGACCAAUCUGACAGGACAAAGUUACAGUUUGAACUAUUGAUCUACACAUUGAGAAGUGAGGGGAAAUUGUAAGGACAUUGUACACUCAGACGAUCAAUUCUACGCAUUUCUCCACCAGGAUCUGGGACGUUUGAAAAAGCGAAGAAGUCCAUGUGAUGCGCACAGUGAACAUCGCCAUCAGUGACUGCAGUUCCUCUCUCCAACACUCCCUGCAUUCUGCAAGCAGGAAGAGGCAUAGUUAUUCGUUGGAAACGGGAUGGUUAUCACAGCGAAAAAAUAAACAUCACCACCCACUUUGUGAAGGUUGCUCGGAAAUUAAACCAAAGGAUAAAGCGUACUCGGUUCAUAAAGACAGGUCUGGUAACAACGUGACUUGGUCAAGUCACUCCGAAUGAGAAGUCCUCAGUUCUGUGAAAGGGGAGAUUUAAAUCUACCACAAUGAAUUUUGUAAUGAAAGCUGCGUUGGGAGGGGCCGGGAAGGAUGUGGGUAAAAUGCUUGGCGGGGAGGAGGAGGAAAAAGACCCUGAAGCUGAGAAGGAGAAAGAAGAAGAGAGGCAGGAGGCUCUGAGGCAACAGGAGGAGGAGAGGAAGGACAAGUACAACAAGAUGGAGGCCGAGAGAGAGAAAGUGCGGCAGGGUAUCAGAGACAAGUAUGGCCUUAAGAAGCGUGAGGUGGUGGCGGCUGAGGCCGAAGCAGCCAUGGAGCAGGCGUCGGAGGGCUCCCUGACCCGUCCGAAGAAAGCCGUGCCUGCAGGCUGUGGGGACGAGGAGGAAGAGGAGGAGGGCAUCAUGGACACAGUGAUGAAGUACCUCCCUGGUCCGCUGCAGGACAUGCUCAAGAAGUAGCCAGACCCAACCAGUGGCGCCUGACCUGACCUGUCCUGUCCCUCAACCCCACUCCCACAUCAGUAAUCCUGCCAGCUCCACACACACACCACCACUGCAGAACAGGUGGGAACGGCAGUUUGGCUGUAGGAUGUAAUGUUUGCUACACUCCCAUUUUUAAGUGGCAAAAAUGAUGAGAUAUACUGGUAAACACACCUAUCUCUGCCCCAGUAUGCUAUCCAAAACCUUCUGGCUAUUGUUGGCUUCAAGAUGAGGCAUCACAAUGACUCAAGUUUUUGAGCAUGGCAUUUUGCUGUUUGUUCGUUCAGUUUGGCCAUCCUAUUAGUUUGAGCCAGCAGUAAUAUGGAAGAGCCUGAUGGCCUGCUGUACUCCUGCUUAGUCAACACUCUUAGUAAUCACACUGUGCUGAAAUAGUGAGCAAUCAAACUGCUAGCUCAAAAUGAAGAAGCAGAAAUUAAGAGGUCAGGUUUACCUUGGGCACUUCACCAUAGUGACAUUAAGCUUAAGAUACUUUAAAUCUGCAAAUGAAAGGGCACUUUUAUUUCUCUUUGCAGGAGUUAAAGUGCACUCACACAUAUACAGUGUACCCCAUCUUAAUCAUUCCUCUUGACAGAUUUGUAAAUAAUCUCUAGGUUGCAAUAUUAAGUUAUGUUUUUAAAAGUAUCCAUAAAGAAUAAAGAAUAGUAUCAGAAUAAAAGCCAUAUUUUAUCUUUGAGGGAAGUCUCAACAUCAUGCCUUUAUGUUGUCCCGGAAUUUUGCAUUAUUCUUAAUAUGUCUAAAUGCUGCGUAAGCAUAACGUAUAACUACAUGUGUUUAAUCCUACCGUUUUCUACUAUAAUUUAAUUUUUUAUUCAUAAGUAAAUUGAGAAAAGAACAAAGGAAAAUGUGUUCCUGCAUGGUACUGUAAACUUCAUUGUGAAUAUGUGUAGUUGCUCUUAAACUUCACUUUUUCUGUGGAACAUGUAAAAAAUACCAAUUGUAUAAGGCAAUAAUUUCCAUCAUUUUGUGUGCAACUCUAUAACAAUGUGCUCAUAAGUAAUAUGACAAGAAUUUACAUUUUUUUUAAGCUUCAGUUUCGUAGUCAGAAACACCAAUUUCAAACAUCUUCAAGCCUCAAUGCUGUUAAUUUCUCCAUAAUCAUUUGUCUAAAUACAUAGUUGAAAUUGAAAAAAGAAAAGAAAAUCAGUAAUAAACACUGAACAAGAUGGCAAAACUGCUGGAUCUCCACUUAGAUUUCACCAUGCAGGAUGAAUGGUGUUCAAUUAUUCUUUGUUUUUUUGCAAAACACUUUGUAUGAACCAAAAGUGACAAAGAUAACGCACUGUUCCUAACUAAUGUAUCUUUUGGUUGAUAAUUUGAAUGUUAUGAGCAAUAAAAGGAUCAUGCUGUAUGCUUGGCUUGCGAAAGAAAAUAAAAUGUUUACUGACACUUAA